AUGGCGGCGGGACGGCAGCAGCGGCGGCGGCGGCGGGGCCGGGGGAAGCACACACAGUCGCAGAGGAAUGGGAAGGUGCAAUGUUCAAACCACGAUGCAACACAUAAGCUCUUUCUCUCCCCCGAUGGGAAGCUUUCUGAACAGUGGGCUACGGCUUCAGCUGACCGCUCUAAGACAAGGCUGGUGAAAGAACUAGGAAACCAAGAUAUUGUUCAAAUAGCGUGUGGGGACCAGCACGCCAUGGCGCUCUCCAGAGGAGGCGAGCUCUUCACCUGGGGCCAGAAUACCCACGGGCAGCUUGGAGUAGGGAGCCAAACCACGCUCAUCCCUCAACCACAGCUGGUGGAAAGACUAAAGGGCAUCCCACUCGCUCAGAUUGCUGCUGGAGGAGCUCACAGCGCCGCUGUGUCACUGUCUGGAGCGGUGUACUCCUGGGGAAAGAAUGAUUUUGGACAGCUGGGACUCGGAGACACAAAAGACAGGGACUGCCCAUCGUAUGUUGGAGCAUUAGAGCACUGGAAAACUGUAUUUAUCUCAUGUGGGGCAGAUCAUACUGCAGUUCUCUCCAAGGAGGGGUUGGUGUGCACCUUUGGAGCAGGAGAGGCUGGCCAGCUUGGUCACAACUCCACCCGGAAUGAACUCAUGCCUCGUGUGGUGGCCGAGCUGUGGGGAGCAAGAGUUUCGCAGGUUGCCUGCGGCAGACAGCACACCCUGGUCUAUGUCCCCUCCUUGGACAAAGUCUAUUCGUUUGGUUCUGGUGAAGGACAGCUGGGAGACGAGAGAAAGCCUUAUCAGUUGAUACCACUUCCCAUCAGUUCACCAGUGAAUACUGGAAAAUCCUGUCAGGAAAAGAACGCGUCACAAAAGGUGAUUGAAAUUACUGCAGGAGGAAACCGAAGUAUUGUCCUUUGCAAGAAGAAAAUGAAUGCCUAUUUGAAUGGAACUGCCACUCUGAAGGAUAAGGAAGUGGAUGCAUGGAUUUCUAAUUCCAGUUUGCAACACUGGGAGACUAUAAAAAAGAAUAUCAGACUGAUCUUUUCAUCCGAGGCUUGCAUCAAUGGAAGCUUCCUGGAGAAAAGAGACAAACAUUUCAAAACUUCCAAAGAGGUCUCGGGUGUAGACAUGUCAGAAGUGCAACAUUUUUAUGAGAAGAUCAGCAAGAAACCAAAAGUCUUCCAGGAGGUGCAAAAGGAGAUUGAGAAAUUACUGCCAUCAUUGUCUUCCUCUCCCAUCUCACCUGAAAAUUUCAGGGUCUACUUGAUCUUGCCUUUCCUUCUGCAGGGAGAGGAUGAAAGCUCUUACCGUUGUCUCAGGCUGCUAGCACAAGCCAUCACGAAACUCCAGCCAAAGGACCUGCAAACUCUUGAAUGCUUGUGGUCAAAUCUAGAUACAUCCUUUUUCAAGCAGCUGGUCAUUCUAUAUCAGAGGGUUUCCCAGAAAAAUCUGUCUCAAUUUAUCAUGGAAGUCAGAGGUUGGCAAAGAAACCCCUACAACCUGCACCCACAUGAAACAGUGACUCUGCAAAUACUGCAGAUUCUUUACCAGGUGAACUCCAGAACUGGUUUCAGAGUACAAGAAAACAACUUCUAUGUGCCUCAAGUGAAAGUGAUUAUCCAAUGGUGUUCGUUCUUUAAUGCAGAAAUAGCCCUAUGGAAGCUGACCAAAUAUCCAUGCAUCUUUGACAGGCAAGACAAGAUCGUUGUUCAUCGUACAGAAUGCAACAUUCUGUCCUUCUCUUCUAGUGGUGUAAGUGUGCUAUGCUUAAUACCGAUGGGCCAGGAACACUGGCUUUUUCUGGUCAGAAGAGAGCGCCUUCUGCAAGACAUAUGGACCCAUUUAAAUGGUGCACCAACCCAGCAAUUCAAGAAGAUCUUAAAGGUGUCCUUCGUGGGCGAGGCAGGAGUGGACGAAGGCGGGCUGUCCCAGGAGCUCUUCAGCGUCGCCGUCAGGACCCUCUGCCAGCCCAGCACCGGGGCCUUCCGCCGCGUCGCCUCCGGCCUGGUGUGGUUCCCCAGCCAGGCGUCGAGCUGCGAGGACAUCUUCUUCCGGGUCGGGACGCUGUGCGGAAUGGCCCUGUACAACGGCUGCAUGGCGCCCUUCCCCUUCCCCAGGGCGCUCUACAAAAAGCUGCUGGGCCUCGCGCCCACCCUGGAGGACCUCGAGGAGCUGGAGCCAGCCACAGGCCGGAGUCUUCAGGGAAUUUUGGAUGAAGAAUGUGAUCAUAUCAUUGAGAGCCUGGACAUGGACUUCACGAUAAUGGAAGAAGGAGGUUCCAUGGUUGCUGUUGAACUUAAAAAAGAUGGUGCCAACAUUCCUGUCACUAAGUAUAACAGGAAGGAAUUUGUUGACUUGUAUGUGAAUUAUGUGUUCAAUGAAUCGAUACGGAAGCCAUUUGAGGACUUUAUGCAAGGGUUUUUAAGAGGCUGCCCAGCUAGACAGUGGAAGAUGUUUCUCCCUGUAGAGCUCCAGAUUGUUCUCCAGGGACACACAAAAUUUGACUGGCAUCUGCUGGAAAAGAAUGUGACAUACAGCCAGUAUAAAAAGUCAGAUCGAACCAUCAGGAAUUUUUGGACUGUGUUUCACAAACUCCCAGAAGAAAAAAAGAAACUGUUUCUUGCUUUUUUGUCAGGAUCUGAUCGAAUCCCUGGCCAUGGAGUGGAACAUUUUAAAUUUUCUAUUGCAGAUCCUCAAGCAGAAAAUCCAGAUGAGUGCUAUCCUUUUGCCAAUACCUGCAACUACAUUUUGUUCCUCCCCAGAUACAGCAGUAAAAGAAUACUCAAGAAAAAGUUGCUUUAUGCCACAGAGCAUAAUGAAAGUUUUGGCUUGUGCUAACUCUUGGUCAGGAGCACUUUAAAGCAAAAAUAAGAAAAACAAGUCUUUGUUUCACUUGUCAUAUUUUUCUCUUAGUAACUCCAAUUUACUGGUUUCUACCCUGCCUUAUUUUUACUGCACUUUAGAAACACUUGAGCAUGUGUAUUCACUGAGAUUUUAUAUUGAUCAUAAAAAUAAGCUUAGACCAGAUACCUGAUGGUUCGAUUAUAAAGUUAGGGAAGAAGAAUCCUAUUUAACACGCUUCCAAGAAGCAAGCUGAUAACCAAGUUUGUUUACAUAUAUGUCCAUCCUGUCUGCACUGUGUUGGUCUUUUUUAGUUGGGAUUCUGUGAU